AUGGCGACUCUCGACGAUGUCGUCAUGGCCGACUCUCAGGACGAGCAAUACCAACCCUUUACGCUGGAAGAAAACAUCAAUCAGCUCAACGCCAUCGACAAAUCCAUCGUCGAGCUCAUGGCUCACACGGCGACGGCACUGAACGCACUCACGACACCUGCCACCACCAAAACCUCCGACACUACGGGCGAAGCCAGCAGGCCGCCGGCGCUGGACCCUGCCUCCCAGAAAGACGCGUUUCGAUCGGCGACGAACUCGUUCCUCACAUUGCUGCACAGCAUUGACGUUCGGAUGAAGCGUCAGGUGCUCGCGCUCGAGGAGGUGGGCAUCGUGAACUUGUCGAAUGCGCAGCGGCAGGAGAGCCCCAACACGGGCACGACGGUAGCGCCGAAAGCCUCGCCUCAGCCGAAUGGUGUCGGCGACGUGGGCACUCUUGACGUUGGCUGGUUGAACAGCAGGAGCACGAGGGUCGAGAGGGAGAUGGAGGCCGAGGCCUGGCAGGAUGCGCGCGAGCUGCUCGAGAGACUGAAGGCGAAGCAAACGGCAGAAAAUGAGGGGUAA